GCCACUAUGGCUGAGGCUGAAAGAGCACGUCUGGCUUUUCUGAAUGGGAUGUUAAACAUGUAAGACAGUCUUGUAUUUCAAUGGAGGGGCCAAAAGUGAAACAGGAGAAAGAAAAGGCUGGGAAAACAGUUCGCUUUAGAGUAGCAUCUGCCAACAGCGGCCGGGUCUUGGCGGAGGUGUUCAAGGAUGAAACGGCCUGGAGCGGCUCAGUAUCGGACUCAGUGGACUCUGACUGCACCAGCAGCCCAGAGGCAGAGCAGGGCAGCUCGCCUCCCAUCAGCGAGGCUAACAGCCACCUGAAUGGUCUGGUGGUGGAAAGCACUCCGGAUGAGAACGGCUGUGAACCUGAUGACUUGCUUUUGUAUGCCAGUGCCAAGAGAGAGAGGCUCUUCAGCAACAAACGGAUCAAUAUCUGUAGCAAGAAUGGGACCAUACGAGGAGUGAGGAACAAAGUGAGCGCAGGUCAAGAGCUCUUCAACACCCUCUCCAACAUGUACUCUGGUUCUCUUCGUCAUCAGAAAAGGAGACCCUGGGAAAAGCAGUAAACAGUUUGGAAAUAGCAGCUUCACAUGAUGUAAUCAACAGGAAGAAAUCACCCUGUGGCUGAAGAUUGUCCUGCAGUUUGGUCUACACCAGGACUCCUCACUGAAUUUACAAGUAUCUGGUUCUUCUAUGAACACAUUUACCUUUAAAAGGACUACAGCUGUAUGGUCCGGUCUGUUCAAGUUCUUUGACUCACAGAUAAGGAUCAAAAACAAUCUAGUAAGUAACUCACUAUCAUGUCAUUGUAGGCAGUGUCUCUAAUGUUCAUAUACGUAUAAUCAUUUGAAACCUCUCAUAUUAACAACAUCAUCAAAACAGUUAAAUAUAUGUAACAUGUUUUUAUACACUGCUAAACUGUGCUCGUGCAUGUGUAUCACUAAAGGCAAGUAACCUGUACGUUAAACAACUAAACAAACUAGCAAAAUGUAAGUAAGAAAGUAAGUAAGAUCAUUUCACCCUCUGAGACUUUGAACGAGUUUCUGAAAAGAUUUUUUUGUAUUUUUUUAAGAUGUUAUGUGUAUAAUUGUGAUACAGAGUUUCAUAUGAUUUUGAUAUUUGGUGGAGUCUCUUUCAUGGCAUACAGCUGAGCUAUGUCAACAUGCAUGUUUUUUUAAAAAGUAUUUUUUAAUGACGUUCAAACUAGACUGGUUGUGCUUCAUAUUAUUUAUCAUACCCAUAACUCCAUACACUCAAAUUAUAUAAACCUUACUUUGAUUCAAGGGGUAGAUGUAUACUUCUGUCUCAUUGCUGUAUUGCACUACAUUUUAUGUUUGUUCCACUGGUUUCUGGAAAAAGUUGCUGCCUUGGCUGUUACAUUUAUUAAAUACUUGCAAAAGUUUUUAAACAUUUUACAUAAUGUGUAACCCAAUGAAACAUUAUGUAUUACUGUAUGUAUACUGUAUGUACUGUAAUGUAACUGUUCAUUUCA